CUUUGCUCUAAAAUGUUCACAGCGCAAUAUUUUGACAUCUUAAAUGGAUAUGCCGCGGCCGAUGCAUGUUGGCUAUGCCACACAGCCUGGAAUUUCCUUUGCAUCCGAUGAUACACGAGUGUCUUGCUUCAGCCAGUCAAUUCAUCGCAGCCAAAGAUUUGUGGCGUUCGUUUCUUUUCCAAAUGCGCUACAAACAGAUUGGCGCGAAGGGGGCUGAUGAACCCAGAAAACGCCUCUCUUCAGCCGCAUAAACUUUUGGUACAGUCAGGUACAAGUAGCCUGAUAUUUGACAGAUUAUAUUCAGCCCAUCCAAGUGAGAUGUCGGCAUUGUGGUGGUAGUAGUUUUGCAAUCCGAGUUUCUGUGGCUUCCUCAUUCCCUCUUUUCUGUUUCCUCUCAGAAAAAAAAUCUAUUUUUUCCCUUUCGAUUGCAGAAGCACCCUAGAAAUGGACCCGACGCAGCACCACGAUCGAAGGACUUCUUCAGGAAAUCUUGGAAGACGUAAUGUCCGGGUAUGUAUAAAACCGCAACAAGAAAGAUGAGAAAGAAUGGCUGACAUGAUUAGAUGCCCCGUAUUCCAGAUGCCAAUCUGCAUGAACCAUAUCAUUACCCUACCACUGAUUUGGAAUCGCACGAUAACUAUGGUGAUGGGCCACAUGAUCCUCAGUACGAUCCCCACUAUGAUCAUCCUCACGAAUAUGCCUUUGAUCCCCUAGAACACCAGCGGCAUUCUUAUCACCAGCAAUAUGAAACAGCCCCCCAAGAUAUCCCCCUCCUCUCUAGACCCCUCAGCGGGCGACAGACAAUCUACGACCCCGUUCACCCAGACGAAGAACCUCAUAUACCCCUUCAUCAUGAAACCUCACAAGCUUCGUUCCACCAACGUCCGAGUCUCCAUGCCUCAAGCACAGGAAUCAGCAUAAAUUCCGGGAUUGUCUCAACCGAUCAAAUACCACAAGCGAGGAUGGAACAUUUGGUUUACGACUGUCCAGUACCACCAAAGCUACUCAGUCAAUCCAAGCAUGUUUCUGAAGUAGGAAGGGAUGAGUUCACACAUAUGAGGUAUACUGCAGCGACUUGCGAUCCCGAAGAUUUUGUAGGAGAAGGGUUUACUCUUCGUCAACAAUUGUUUGGAAAACCCAGAAGAACGGAAAUUUUAAUUGUUGUGACAAUGUAUAAUGAAGACGACGUUCUCUUCGCUAGGACUAUGGCAGGAGUCUUCCAAAAUGUCCAAUACAUGUGUUCUCUCGCUGGCCAGCAUAAGGGUUUAUGGGACAAUAACGGAUGGAAGAAUAUUGUGGUUUGUAUCGUUAGUGACGGACGUGCGAAAAUCAAUCCCCGCACCAGGAGUGUCCUAAGUGCCCUUGGAGCCUAUCAGCAUGGUGUUGCAAGACAAAAGGUGAACGAUAAGUCGGUUACGGCUCAUAUAUAUGAGUAUACUACAAAAGUGGAUCUUCAAGUCAAGAGGGAUGUUGUUGAAACAAAGCCAGGUUCUGAAAUUCCCGUUCAACUUCUAUUCUGCCUAAAGGAAGAAAAUCAAAAGAAAAUCAACAGUCAUCGAUGGGCACUUCAAGCCUUUGGGGAAGCACUUCAGCCUACUGUAGUGGUCUUGCUUGACGCGGGAACGAGACCAGGGAAACAGUCUAUAUACCAGCUUUGGAGAGCCUUCGAACUCGAUCCCAAAUGCGCCGGGGCCUGUGGUGAAAUCAAGGCUAUGCUUGACGGUGGCAAGAAAUUGUUGAAUCCUCUCGUUGCCACACAGAAUUUCGAGUACAAGAUGAGCAACAUUCUGGACAAACCCAUGGAAUCAGCCUUCGGAUUCAUCUCCGUGUUGCCCGGAGCUUUCUCUGCAUAUCGCUUUCUUGCUCUGCAAAACGAUAAACGUGAAGGUCCGCUUGAGAAAUAUUUUGCUGGCGAGAAGCAUCAUCAUGAUGCAGGCAUCUUCACGAAAAAUAUGUAUCUAGCUGAAGAUCGCAUUUUGUGCUUUGAACUAGUUGCGAAGCGAAAAUCCUCUUGGGUUUUGACAUACGUCUCGUCAGCCACAGGCGAGACGGACGUGCCAGAAGAGAUGGCAGUGUUAAUCAAACAGCGAAGACGUUGGCUGAAUGGUUCCUUUUUUGCUGCUGUAUAUGCUUUGGCUCACUUCUACCAGAUCUUCAGAAGUUCGCAUUCUAUGAGCCGGAAAAUAAUGUUUAUGAUUGAAUUUGCGUACCAAGCUAUUAGCAUGAUUUUCUCCUGGUUCGCCGUGGGGAACUUCUUCCUCGUCUUUCGAAUUCUUACUGUGGCACUGAGUGAUGAGAAACUCUUAGGAAAGGUCGGUGGGAUUUUGUCAGUGGUUACUGAGUGGAUUUAUCUUGCCUCGAUUGUUACCUGCUUUGUUUUGUCGUUAGGAAAUACACCAGAUGGAUCGAGGAGAUUUUACAAAUUCAUGGUCUACGUCUGGGGAGUUAUUAUGCUGUAAGUUUGCUUCAUAUUCCAAAGUUAUCAAUCCUGACAUACCUAGCUAUCUACUGUUCGCCUCCGUUUUUAUAACGUACAGAUCCGUCAAAGAGGAAGUCGCAGACGGCAAAUUCACAAUAUCUGACCUAGUCCAAAACUCAAUCUUCUUCACCCUCAUUGUCUCCCUCCUUUCAACCUACGUUUUAUGGAUUUUCAUAUCCAUCGUAUUCCUCGAUCCUUGGCACAUUGUUACAUCCUCCUUACAAUACAUGCUUCUCACCCCUACUUACACCAAUGUCAUAAAUGUCUACGCAUUUUGCAAUACGCACGAUGUAUCCUGGGGCACAAGACCAGACGAGAAACCCACUCUCCCAAACGCCAAAGUCGACGCCAAGACGGGCGAAAAAACCGAAGAACCCGGAUUGAAUAACACCGACCUGGAUGAUCUCUAUGCCUCCGCACUAACCUCCUUCUCCGCCCCUACACAACCCGAACCCGUCAAGAUCAACGCCAAAGAUGAAGAGGAAGGUUUCAACCGAGCGUUCAGGAGUUAUGUGGUUUUGUGUUGGAUGUUUUGUAAUGCGGCGCUUGUGGCUGUUGUUCUUGGGACGGGGGGAUUGAGUAGGUUGAGAGUUUCGAAGGGCGAUAAUUUUGCUGCGAGUGUAGAGAAGACUUAUUUGUUUGUUAUUUUGUGGAGUGUGGCUGGGUUGAGUGCUUUUAAGUUUGUGGGGGCUAUGUGGUAUCGGAUUCAUCGCAUUUUUGUGCAUUGAGUUUUGGUGGCGGUUUUUGGAUGAGAUCACAUUGUUUCUUAUAUGUUUUCUUGCUUUUGGUAGUUUGGCAUUUAUGGCCGUUGAUUUUUCAUUGGUUUUACCGAGAUAUCCGUUUGAAUGGGGAAGGAGUUGGGAAGACUCUGCUGUAGUAUAUUCUAUUUAUCAAAAUGAUCUCCCCCGCUUCCAUCGCGCUGUUGGUAUUAGCGUACCCUGCUACAGGCAUAGACAGAAACUUAGUAAGAG